AUGGGAAAAUACUAUAUUUUUCUGCUGGCUGCUAUUCUCUGCUUAAUUGGUAGAAUAUACUCAUGUCCGGCCGAAUAUGGGGAGGAUGUAGGCGUGGAUUUUGCGGCCCCUCUGGACUGCACCAAAUGCGUUGACCCGGUUGUUGCGCCGGGAAUAACGUACAAUUUUCGAUGGAAUAGAAAAGGGUGCAAAGUGGUGACGUUUCUGGGAUGUGAAACACAUUAUUAUGAGAUCGAGGGCCUGAUUGGUGGGCUGGGUCCGCUACAUGCUUGCAGGUACAUUCCUGGAACUGGAUAUACCUGGUGGACGCCCGGACUGAACGCCACGCAAAAAGUCAGUUGCUGGAUUGGAACUUCAAGAAAC